GUGAACCAAUUUUAUCAUCCUAGUUCUGAUCAAUUACUUCAAUGGUUGAUCUCGGUCAGGAAAAAAUGGCUUGCAACAAGUCAUUUUGCAGCAAUUAUAUGCUGCUAAGUCCAGAGAAAGCUGGCCUCGUCGAUCUCGUUUGCUUCCUGUUCUCCAGUAACAUAUAUAACAGAAAAUUUGUGGACGUUCCCAAAGGGACUAAGAUGCCUUUUGCACCUAGAUGGAUCAUAUUUCUUACGGUAGUGGCGCAAAUACUUUUACGACUAGUCGCAAAACCCGUGGCAUGGUUAGGGAACUUGCUUGAGCAGUGGCUUAACCUGCUGCACAUGAAUACCAACAUCUUCGUGCUCAUCUACAACCUAGUGACUGGUCAAGUCAUAGGCAUCCCGGACGAGACAUCGGCCAAGUACCUGUCGGUUCUAGCAUUUCUGGACUUGCGGCAAGAUUUGGAUGAGAACAUCGCAGCUGGGGAUAGUAGGUAUAAUCCCCAUCUCUCAAUAAUGGCUGCCAAAGUUGCUUAUGAGAACAAGGCUUUUAUUGAAUCCACCGUCACCGACCACUGGAAGAUGGAUUUCGUGGCGUUUUACGAUUUCUGGAACGAUUAUCAAAAGAAAGCAACAACACAAGGUUUCUUGUUCCGGAAAGAUGAAAACACCGAUACGGAAACGAUCGUGGUGGCCUUCAGGGGCACUUCGCCCUUCGACACUCUAGAUUGGGUUUCAGACGUUGAUCUGUCAUGGUACGAGUUCCCCGGGUUGGGAAAGGUGCAUGCCGGAUUCCUCAAAGCACUCGGCCAGCAGAAGCUCACGGGUUGGCCCAAGAACUUGAUCCAAAUAUUUGGCGGCCACGACUAUGCUUACUACACUGUUAGGGGAAAGCUGAAAGAGCUUUUGAAGAAGAAUGACAAGGCCAAAUUCAUAGUCACGGGUCAUAGCCUGGGCGGUGCCCUAGCAAUUCUGUUUCCAGCAAUUUUGGCGUAUCAUGGGGAAACGUCGAUGUUGGAGCGAUUGGACGGGGUCUACACUUUCGGGCAACCAAGGGUGGGAAAUGAGCAGUUUGGAAAGUUCAUGGAAGACCAAAUUAACAAUAACUUGCUCCCUAAUUACUAUAGGACCGUUUAUUGCAACGAUAUUGUGCCCCGAGUCCCCUCUGAUAACUCCGUCACUGAGUUUAAACACUUUGGGACGUGUGCGUAUUUCAACAGCUUCUUCAAAGGCAAAACUGUUGACGAAGCGCCAAACAAGAACUACUUCUCGAUCUUAUGGCUCAUACCUAAGAUCAUAAACUCUAUUUGGGAACUGAUAAGAAGCUUCAUAAAAGGAUGCGUUUGGGGGUCUGAUUACAAGGAAACUGGUCUCAUGCAAUUGCUCAGAGUUGUAUGCCUCUUAUUUGGCGGCGUACCGGCACAUUGUCCGCCUGACUACGUUGAUUCGACAAGGCUGGCAUCAACGGAGUUAUAUGGUACUGGUGGUUCAUCGACUGAAGGAAAGACCAAAAAUAAGUGGGCAACUGAACUUGAUCCUCUUGUAUAAGUUAGCAAGCUCCAUCAUCAGAAGUUCGUCCCUGUUCCUGGGUGUACGCAUCUGCUCUACACCUAGUGCAAAUAAUAAUCUUCCACUGUGCUUUCUGCGUGCAUUCAAGUAAUCGAAGCGAUUAGGUUAUGGUUGAGGUUUGGGGUCAAAUCUAAGUGGAAUGCUACCGCCAUCUUUGUACUUUGCUCAUGUCUGCAUAUCAAUAAAAGAGCUGAAU